GGCGUAAAGCGUUUUUGUACAAAUUAAGGUUUCAAGUAACAGUGAAACGUGCGGUGUAUUAAAUCCAAUUUGGAAGAUUGUAAAUUUUUAUUGAAGAACCCGUGCCAACAACGUCGCCACUACUCACCACCAGCAUGCAGUGGUACUACAAACUCCUAGCUCGCCGGCCACACUUUGUAGUGGUCUCAGUUGGUGUUUUCUCAAUCGCCUGCAUAGUCGUAGCUCUGAUAACGAAGAAACUGCCGGAUUUCGACGACCCAACGCUGGGCUUCGAAGCCCGUGGCACUUCCAUCGGUAAACGGUGGACCGCGUGGCGCAACUUGCUGGAGGAAACCAGCGCUUCCGGACGGUUGAUUGCCAAUCCUAAGGAUCUGUACGACCGAAGUGGGGUUCCAGAUUUUGGAUUUGGCUUUCGUAAGCGCAAAAAGGAUCGAAAGAAGGCCAGCAACGGUGGUAACUCGAAAAAGCGCAAUAAAUCGAACAAAAUCAAAGUGCUGAAAGAGCUUACGCUGAAUAACAAAUCUUCCAACGGGGAGGUGAUAAGUUUUGAAGAAUACGACAAUGAGACUUUUAGCAGCCGACACGAUAACUGGGAGUACGGGCGGAACAUGUCGUUUUACGCAGAGGAGACCGGCAACAAAACGAUGGAGAAGAAACGGGCCAAGUGGGAUACGCUGAGGAAACUGAAACCGCCGCCGGAUUUGAUCGAGAUGCACAUACCGGCCGAUGGUUUCUUCUGCGAGUCGCCAAACAAAGAAUUCGCCCAUUUUGUUAUACAACGGGUCAACCACAACCUAAGCGACACGCUGUUCGAGCUGAACGCCUUCCUGGCCAUGUGUGAUCUGGAGCAGCGUAUCGUCAGCACCGACCACUACACGGACCUGUGCCAAAAGGAACUGACCACGGACAAUUGUUGCCGGCCGUGGUCCGUGGUCAACUAUGUGACGUUCCUGUCCAAUAAAACGUCCUGCUUCGACAUGGACGAGGAAGACAUUGCCAUGGUGAAAACGCUGCUGUUUGACUGCUUCCAGUACUAUCACAACAUGAAGCUGAGCAACGAUUGCGUUCGAUCGGCGUGUGUGGUCCCGACCGAGUGCAAACAGCACAAUGCCGUGUACAACAUUUUGCACUACUUGGCGGACGUGGAUUUUAUUAAGUUAAAUGAAUCUUCCGAGUUUCUCAAUGCCACCAUGAUAUUCCUGCCAAUAGCGAGGAGCACGAAGUCGCUGGAGUUCUACCAUAGCCUAGGACAAGAAAACUUGGAAAACGUCUUGGUAGCUGUCGUGGCAAUGGACAUGGGCUUGAAGAAUGCCCUGUUCGACGAAUGUCUUCUGCGUGACGGCUGGCUGGUGGGACUCGGUGGAAUCUUCGUGGUGAUUUCGAUGUGGCUCUACACGAAAUCGCUUUUCGUGACGCUGAUGACGGUGGUUGCUGUGAUCUUUUCGCUGGGGAUCGCCUACUUUAUCUACACGCUGAUCUUCGAGUUGUCGUUCUUUCCGUUCAUGAACCUGUUGGCGGUGGUGGUGGUCGUUGGAAUCGGAGCCGACGAUGCGUUCAUUUUCCUCAAAAUAUGGCAAUGUGUCAUAACGGAUCGCUUGAAGGCAACCGGUGCCGUGUUAGCGCUGGGACCUUCGACAUCUUCCUUCGUGGCAGAAGCGAACGCGGCACGAUCGGACACACUGGUCGGUAUCAUGGCCAGUACGCUGAAGCAUGCGGCCCUAUCGAUGCUGGUCACGUCGUUGACCACGGCGGCCGCUUUCUAUGCUUCGUAUGUUAGCUCCAUCACGGCGGUUAGAUGCUUUGGCAUAUUCUCCGGCACGGCAGUGAUGGCAAACUACUUGCUCAUGGUGACGUGGCUGCCGGCGUCCGUAUCGAUCGCGGAGCGAAUAUCGUGCAUCUCGCUCGUCAAACCGGUGGAGAACAUCGUGGAGAAGCUUACCUAUCCCUUCAAGGCAAUUAGUCAAUUAGGUCGGAAACUGGAAGACUUUAUUAUAUCAUUAGUGAUUAGUGUUCCACUGUUGUGGAUUGUAUUGUUAGGUAUUACUGGUGUGCUUAGUGGUGUGAUGGUGCUACAUUGGCCAAAGUUACGAUUGCCGGAUUCCCCGGAUUUCAAGUUGUUUAUCAGCAGUCAUCCCUUCGAGCGGUACGACAGCGAGUACAAGGAUCUUUUCUGGUUCGAGAAAAUUUAUAGUACAACGGACACCUUCAAGCUCCCGUUGCGCUUCGUUUGGGGAGUGCAACCGGUCGAUCGCGGUAAUUUCCUCGAUCCGGAAAAACGUGGCGCACUGUACUUCGACGAGAGCUUCAACAUGAGUGCCCCCGAGUCGCAACAGUGGCUCCUAGGGUUCUGCAAAAGCCUCAAGAAUCAAACCUUCUACCAGAUGAGCUACGGGCUGCUGCUGCCGAACUGUUUCAUCGAGAACUUUAUCAACUGGAUGUCCCGGCGGUGCAACGACUCGAUGGGCGAGAUCGACCGGACGCCGUGCUGCGAGGUGUCGGCGUUCCCGUUUGCGCCGGAAGUGUUCGACCAGUGCCUGCCGGAGUCGAUAUCCAGUUUGUACGAAACGCCGCGGGAAUUUUUCAUUCCGGGGGUGGCGGGGCCCAAAUUUGCCCGGCAGUCGUUCCGGAAUGGGAGCGGAGGGUGGCCGCAAGUGAAGGCCGUGGUAAUCGAGUACGAGAGCAAUCAGGUAUUUACGAUGUCUUAUUCGGAGAUUGAUGGGUUCGUGCGGACGGUGGAGGAAUGGCUUGCAGGGAUACUGAAGGACGCGCCCGAUGGGAUGCGUAACGCGUGGUUUAUCAGUGAGUUGGAGUUUUUCGAUCUGCAGGAUACGCUGUCCACGGGGACGAUGGUGGCCAUCUGUAUGGCCAUGGCCGUGGCACUGUUGGUGUUGCUUCUAGUGACGUUGAAUGUGUUGAUUAGUUUGUAUGCGAUUGUGACUGUUACGUUUACGAUACUGACCACGGUGGCCGUUCUAGUGCUGCUCGGUUGGAAGCUGAAUGUGUUGGAAAGUGUAGCCGUUAGUACGGCGAUAGGUUUAGCGGUAGAUUUUAGCUUACACUAUGGCGUCCAUUAUCGGCUAGCGACCGAUUCUGAUCGAAAGUCGUCGACGCACUAUUCGUUGAUCCGGAUGAUUGGUCCAACGGCAAUGGCCGCAAUCACGACGGGAAUCGCCGGAGCGCUGAUGCUCCCGUCCAGCGUGCUGGCGUACAUCCAGAUCGGGGUGUUCCUGGUCAUCGUAAUGUCCAUCAGUUGGAUCUACGCGACGUUCUUCCUGAUGAGCCUGCUAAGGGUAAUUGGGCCGCAAUACGGUUUCGGUCAGUUUCGGUAUCCGAAACUGCGUGGGCCCUUACGGGACAGUGGCGGCGGCAAAGCCCAAAUGGACGGUCCUAACCAUCGGUUGAAUCUUCAUCAUCAGAACACAGUGUCGGAGCAGUUGCUGUCCAACUCGAGUUCGGCCGCCGGCGAACUGGUGGGUUCGGAAUCGCACGAACUGGACUCUCUGACGUCGAACUCGAUCAUCAAGCCGGUCAACCUGGACAUUUCGAGGCCGAUCAACUUUGAUCGGGCGUUCAAGAAGAAGUACUCGCUACCGCGGGAGCACAGUCCGUCGACGGCCAGUGCCAUUACGGUGGUGCUACCGGAUGAUGUGGAUUUUAAAAAUGGAUAAUAACCUGAUGGGGUAGUUUCAAACGAGGGUAGUCAUGGGAUGUGUAGGAAUUACCUAUUCAUAUUGUAAAUGUCGUUGAUCUAUGGGAUAGGACUCCGAUUUGACGACACCAUUCAAUGACGGAAGGAUCGUAGACUUGGUAUAGUAGAUAGCUAUUGACAUAUCCAGCUCGUUUUGGUUCUAUCAUAUCGAAAUGAUAGUCACGAUGAAAAUGAUCAACAAACAUGUGAUUCACAAAGAAAUUUCUGAAAACUGACGCAAAU